AUGGAGGUCGUCGCACAAAAUAUAGAAAUUCUGUCUGAAAAGACACUAAGAGAUAUCGCCAAGGGUCCAUUGAUCAAGUUUACUCUGACAUGUGACGAUCGGGAAAAAGUACGCCGGGUAUGGCAGUCGCUGAGCAAGACACUAUCAUCCCCAUCUCUUGAUCACCUGCAUACAACUGCUGCAUGCAAUGCGGCAUCUGCCUUCCUAGAUGCAGCUGUCAACUCUCCAAUUAAAGAGACUAAAGAACUAGCUUUGUCACCAGAGGUAUGGUUAGCUGUCUUUGACGUUUUCAUGAGUAGAUAUGAGGAUGUCAGGCCCAAGCCAUUGAAGCAGCUAUUGGCCUCUCUCACGACUAUUUUGGUGAAGCACUACAAGGGAGAAACCAGGAUUAUGGUACAAAAUGCCGUCCUAAACUCAAUUUUGCCAUGCAUCAUCCUAGGUGAGCCGCGAUCUCGACUGAAGGGCUCACUCGUGUGUCUGGAGAUGUUCAUCCGAAAGGGUGCCAUACGCCCUUCUGAGUUGAUCCCUUUGGUUCGAAGCUGGCUCUUAGAAUCCCGGGACCAAUGGGUUCCCUUCUUCAAGAAGGACCAGGCUGCUCUCUACCCUGGUGUGUCCGAUCCUACAGUGAUGUCCAGCGAGCCGUCGGAUGAAGUGGCAGGAAGAAUCCUCGUCCUCGGACUUCUGACGCAAACCAACAAUCGGGGCAUGGCUGGAACAUCAGGUAAUAUCCUGGCUGCAUUCCUACAAAAAUCGCGUGCAGAAAGCCCGGAUAAGCAGAUGUCAAGUAUUUGGAUCCACCCUGCGAGACAUAUGCUGCUGCAGAACCUGGAGUCUGUGGAAGUUCUCUCAAUCCAAAUUAUGGAGCCUAUUUUCAGUAGCGACCCAGCCGGCUUCCCGCUGUUCGUUGAAACCCUUCCAUUGCGCAGUCUCAUGGCUGGUGAUAUGACGGAGGGGUCACAGUCCGAAUAUAUGCUUCUUUUUGUCUCCCUGCAGGUGGGAAAGAAGGUUAACCUUGUCCAUGAUGACUAUGACGCCUCCAAAAAGGCUAGCUCUAACAACAUUGUUCUGAAGAGCGAGGUUAUCGGGAAUUUCUUGCUCCAUCGAGACCCGACGAUCCGUGUGGCAGCCUUGUCCCUGCUGAUUACGGCGUUCUCAACAGUGAAACCAUUCACAAAAGCUGCAACCAGCGCUAUUCUAAGAGGACUACCAUCCAUGCAUGCGGACUCUGAUGCUUUCAGCAGAGGAGAGAUCAUGAGCCUUACUCGAAAGUUCAUUAUCCGCUUGAAAAGUGGAAUCCUGACGGAAGAGGGUGCAGCAGUACCACAGAAAAAAUCUGCCAAUGUGCCUACCACUUCGGGUGAUAGCGAUCAUGAGACAAAGAAGUUCUUAGGGGACUAUGUUGAGUUCAUCCAGAGCGAUCUUUGUGUCACAGCAUCCUAUCCACGCCACAUCACUGCAUUAAAAGCACUGAAGCUGCUGCUGGAGUCUGGUCUCGAUGCACGAAAAAGUCCCACUCUUAUAAAAUCGGAAGUCCAAACGCGUUGGAAUGUUCACGUGGAAGUCUUCGGUACUCGUCUUCUCAGGUUAUUGGUGGACCUUCUUUUGGACCCGUUCGAGGAAGUGCGGCAAACCUCUCUCUUGAUCAUCAACCUGUUUCCUUCCGAUAUGCUCAUCGGUGGUCUUUCGGAUGAUGCGGACCAGUGGAGCUCAGUGGGAAUGCGCCUGACAGACGCUCUUUCUAGGGCGGAAGCCCUUGCAAGCAAAACGAGUCGCGCGGAUCAUGCCGAUACAGUUGCGCGCCUGUAUCAUAUAUUCUUCUCGGCAGCUCCGUCGAAGUCUGCGGCUGAAACUACCAACGGCUGGUGGGCAACCAAACAGUCAGUGGUCGAUACUAUCCUGACUCGACUUGAAGAGCGUCUGUCGUCUCCCAAGGGUUUGUUCAACUCAGCUAUGCAACAGGCUCCCCUUCACGGAUACAUGUCUGGGCUUCGGUAUAUCAUUCUCGUUCCUGACUUCCAUUCUCACAUUUCUGUGGAAUCGAAUCCCUCUACUUGGAAGUCUAUUCAUGACAGAAUAGUGUCCAUCUGCGAUAGCGUUUGGCACGAAGUGAAGCCUGUGCUUUGCAUAGAUUCUCCAGAGGGCCAUUCCGAUCAGCCGACCGAAGACUUCGAAGUCGGACCAAAGGAUAUUCUCUCCUAUUCUUGGAGAUCCUUGCGAGAAUCAAGUCUCUUGUUACAUGCUACCAUGACCAACUUAACAUAUGGACCGGCUGGUGAUCAGGGUCUUCAGCGAUCUGACUUCGAGAAUGUUGGGCGAGUCAGCUUCACUCAACUGGCGGAACUUCGCCACCGUGGUGCUUUCUCCACUGUGUCGGCGACAUUCGCCACCUGCUGCCAGCGAUGCACUAGCUCCCAAGACCCAUCCAUCCAAGAGCUCCCAGUUCUUUGGUAUCAAGAGGCCAAAUCCACCAUUUUCGAGUCUGCUGCAAAGCUUACUCGAAGAUCUGCUGGCAUACCUGCCUUGGUAACUGGUGUUCUUUGCUCUAGCCCUGGAACACCGUUCUUUAAGCAAGCUUUCAAUGAGCUCUAUGACAUCUCACGUCUGCCAGUGGAUUAUGAUAAAGACCAACAGUACCUGAAAUUACCGCAAGUUCACGCAAUGAACUGCCUGAAGGACAUCUUUGUCAAUAACAAGCUCGGACCUCAUACUGAGGCAUUCAUCAUGCCAGCACUCACUCUUUCUGCCGAGAGAAUAGGUUCCCCAAUUUGGAAUCUUCGUAACUCAGGACUGAUGCUGUUCCGCGCCUUGUUAACACGGAUGUGUCGCUUUGUACUCGGCACAGGAGCCGGGUUCGGUGGCAUCUCUGGAUCUGAGCCUGGUUCCAAAAUUUCUUUCCCCAAGUACCCUGGGCUACUUGAAUUGCUCUCAAGUCUCCUCGCGCCUGUCGCAGGAACCACAGUCGAGGGUACGGAUAUUGUGACCGAGCGCAUUUUCCCUGCUCUCGAAUUGAUUGGAGAGAAGAUUCCAACAUUUGAUGAUGACGAUACUAUGUUGCGAGGCCUGGUUCUUGAGCAUUUCAGAAGUCCAGUUUGGGCUAUUCGGGAGCAUGCAGCUCGUGUCUAUGCCUCAUUGCUAACUCGCACCAACAUUCUCAAGGAUGUAUGCGAUCUGGUUAACCUUCUGAAGGGCGAUGUUACGGAGAACUAUUUGCAUGGAACAGUGCUCUGUGUUCAGUACUCUCUUCGCCGCUUUGCGGCCAGUACUGAUGUCUUCUGGACUUCCCAGCUUGAUGAGCUCCUAGUCACUAUUCGCCAUGUUUUGGCAACAGUUUUCCCGCUGGCCAAGUCUCCUUUCGUCGCAACAGCACUGAUCGAGAUUCUAAAUGACACCUUGGAGCGCGGCGUGGAGGGCGAUGUUGAAGGGCGCACCGUAUCUUUUGUCACCAGUAUGUUUGAAGAACACGAUCUUAAUGGAGUACUGAGCUACAUUUUCGAUAGCUCACAAACGGGUUGGAACUUGGAGAGCGGUACUCGGGCGUCUUCUCUUUUCAGAAGGGCUCUCACCUGGUGCGCAAUGCUGAACUCUUUUGCUUCUCGAGAAUGGAGUGGCAUACCGUUAUUCUUCCACGGGGUCGCAGCUUUCGAUGCCGAUGCCGCUAACUGGAUCAUUGAGCGGCUUCAAGAAACGCUCGGUGAGAAAGUCAUUUACCACAAGCCCCUAGUGGAUCUAUAUUCGUCUGUCGUUCUUGGUGACUACACUUCCGAUGUGAAAACAGUCGCUGCCUCAAACCUGGCGUCUGUUCUUGAGCAACUGUUGAGUUUUCGAAAAAUGGAGUCGAUCGCAGAGCUAGCACUUCCUUGUGAUGACCUGAUGCAAAGCUUCCGACCGGAUCAGGCCAUCCAGGAAUGGAACCGACACGCUACAGAUGCUGAGCUCCGCUUGCAAGGAUGUCUUCUUGCAGUCCAAGUUAUCUCGGGUGGAGAUCAAAACAUGUCUGCAUUCAAGCCCAACCUUCAUAGCUGGGCUAUCAAGUUGCGGUCCGCCCUCAGCGAAGAAACUGAAUUUACAACCCGGUAUGCCGCAAUGGUGUCCAUCCAAAGCUUUUCGCUUGGCCUCCGGCCGGCUGAUAGCUCACCUCGGGUUGACGGUCCCUUGUUGGAUAUCUACUUGAUUUUGUAUGACAUGCUGAAUGAUGACGACGAGGAGCUUCGAGAUAUCGCCGCAUCAACCGCUUCGUGGGUGCUGUCAUAUUCAUCUGUUUCCCCUCGCACCACAGUAGCUCUUGGGCCUUUGAAUGCCAGCUCGCUUCUUGCAACUUUCAUCAUAGACCACUACUCAGAUGCUCCUCAGCUGGCCAGACGAGUCAUCCGCUAUCUCACGGGUCAAAGUCAUCGUAUCAGUGGCUCCGACGAACAAUCUCACUUGGUGUCAGUAGCAGAUCUUGUCAGUGAGUUCUGCCAAGAAAGCACUGUUCUGUUUGUGGAAGAAAAACAGAACCUCUUUAUUGACGAUGUGAGGGAGAUUGACAUAUGGUCUAAAGCACUGCUGCAUCUUCACAAGGGUGCCUACCCCGAGACUCUGGUUCGUCAAUUCUCGAACUGGAUCGCGGAAGGGUUAGAGUACCUUUCGACAAGACUCACUCAGGAAAUUGGUCAUGAUGGCCUUCUUGGUUGGAUCUCGAAGCCCGAGUCAUUCACCUUGGGAGUUCGCAUUAUCAGUAUUGCCUCUGCACUCACAUCUGAAGCGUUCACAGCUCCGCAAUAUCUGGACGUCGAUCCCAGCACACUCCAAAACCAGCUUCAAUUGUUGCUUGACGCUGGCCGAAGUGCCUCGGUACAUGAUGAAUGGCUUGCAAGGAUCUUAUCUGGGGUUAAUUCGCGGGCUUAA